CAUCAGCUCCGUCAGCUGACUAGUUGACACUACCAAAAGCGCCAGCAGUUGGUGGAAAAAAAGUCUUGACAUUUAACUCGGAUUCGAUGAUUUGUAGAUUUUUGAAUCCAUUUAUCAGCGCGCGCACUUGACAAUGUAUUUAGCUUACAUUUUGUUAAUAAUUUACACAACUGGUGUUGUUAAUAGUGGUCAAAAUAAAUUACAAUGCAAGGACGAAGCUGGCAAUGAUGUCGACUGGUAUGUUUUGUAUAAAGUACCAAAAACUUCUGAAAGUAGUGAUCCAAUUAUCCGAAAAGGUCUAGCGUAUCUUUACAUAACUAGUGACACAGUUGCUAAUGGAUGGCAAUUAUCGAAAAAAGAAAUCGGAUCCAAGGAUUCGGUGCCAGGAAAAACUUUAUCUUUAUUGUACAAAGAUGAUUUGGCGCCAGAUAUAUUAUGGAUUUUAUACAAUGAUCAAGCACCAAAUAAAAAUCAAAGUACCGUUAGAUACGGACAUACCAAAGGUGUGUUGAUGACUGAUAACACUCGCGGCUUUUGGCUGAUUCACAGUGUACCAAGUUAUCCACCUGUGCCUAAAACUGGAACGGAAAAUAAAUCCCGAAAAUUGAAACAAUCGGAACAGAGAGAAGCUGGAGAUACUAAUGAUGAUCAUAAUAAUAAUAAUGAUGAUGGUAAUAUGAAUAUGGAUGUUGAUAAUGAUGUGCCCGAUGGCGAGUAUGCGUAUCCAAAGUCUGGACAAUUAUAUGGGCAGAGUUUCCUGUGUAUAUCGAUGGGCUCCAACCAGAUGAACGCUGUUGGUCUACAGUUAAUGUACAAUCAGAUAAUGACAUACCGGUACAAUUUACCAGAAAUAAUGGUUAACGAAUACCCGAGCCUUGUUAAUGCAUCCAAACAUGUGAGGCCGAAAAAAGCCCCUUACUUUCAUAAAGAAGAAAUAGUUUCUUCUGGAAGACAAGAAUUUAUUUCGUUUGCUAAAUCUGACAAGUGGCAGAAAGAGUUAUACGACGACUUGAUAGCACCAGAGUUAAAAUCGGAUUUAUUAGCAGAGACAUGGCUGAAUGGACGCGGAAAACUACCUUCUGAAUGCAGUGGAUCCAAGGUACAGAACGUCCGUUCGAUAGUAUUAAAUGCAGCGAAUGUAGACUUUAAAAGCUCACGGGAUCAUUCCAAAUGGGCUGUAACGCAGACCAACAAAAAGAAUCGUAAUUGGGUUUGCAUUGGUGACAUCAAUAGAGCGAACACUCAAUUCAAUCGAGGCGGUGGUGCGGUUUGUGUUAAUUUGCCGCAGCUGUGGACUAAUUAUCGCGGCAGUGUUAACGAGGUAGAGCCGUGCCCGAAAAAGAAAAAAGGAUUUUUUGGUAGAAUUAGAGACUCUAUUUUUUCUUGGUUCGGUUGAAAAUCAAAUUAAUUAAAUAAGCGUAGGAGUACAUACAAAUAGUGAUUAUUAACUA